AGUCGCCUUUUCGGUUGGUGGCUUGAGUUCCAAGAGUGGCCAAGAUGGAACCUCCGGUCCGCCACGUGUGAUUUCUCAUGCGUGUGCUGGACUAGAACCCUAAACCCAGUGCCUACCGGAGUGGCGCAGGCGGGUUGACCAGUCGCGCCAACUUCAUCGGUUGGAAGAUCCGCUUCGCGCGAGACAAGCGACGCCGUGCCCCGCAUCUUCUGCCUUUGACCGGUUUUUUCCUGAUUGGGUUUUUUUCUCCGCGGCAGGUGCCAUAUCCGAAGAUCGAGCAGUAGUCUAAACUCCCGAGGACUGCGUGAUUGUACUUCUAGCAAUAGAUGCAUUCUGCAGCUUCGGUCGAGUAUUCUACCUGCAUUGUCUUUCCGAGGAUUUUUGGCUAAACAAACCCAAAAUCUGGUAAGUACGGGCGUCCGGGCCAGAACCGACAACCACUCUUCCUGCUGUUCUCCCCCUGUUCGACCUGCUUCCCGACGGCCGACGGGCGAUCGCGCGUCGGGUUUUCGUUACUCUGGCCUGCGGUUGCUAGUUGUGCUGUCACUGUUGCGGGGCUUACGGUCGUGUGGAUCGAACGCGAAGAGGUCGUGGCGGCACCCGGCUUGAUGUCAGGUCGAGAUGUAAGCGGUUUCCUUCAUUGCACUGAACCCUGUCUCCCGGACUGUCCUAGUGCAAGUGGAACCGUGAGUUCCGUGACCCAACAGUUUCUUUUUCUACAGAAUGUUGGUGCUGGUGGAGAUGACCUGCGCAGUGGAUGUCGACCGUCAGAAGUAUAUGUGGUUGCGCAGUCAAGGAAGUACAUACUACACUAUUCACUCGUUUUAGUUUUUUUUGGCUGUUACAUGAAAUAAACGUUCUGUAGUUUCUGCAUAUUUCCGCUCGUGCGACUGCACUUUGACGUGCAUGGUGAUGAAGAUGUUGAGUUUGCAUGUUUUUUCUUGGCGAAAAAAAAAUUCAACUCAGAUUCAGAUUCAGCAUGAGACGAUGCAGCGGCCAAUUUGGGUCACGACCCCGAGCUUGCCACGGUUCUUGCUGCAGCUGCGACAUCAGCGCGAAGACCGGACGCCAGAUUAUGAAAAGACCCGGACGGUGCGGAAGAGCUUUACACCUGACAGCGAGUUGUUUCGAAAAAAAUUGUUAAUUCAAAGGUUAGAAAGAAGAUCCUCGAUACUUAAAGCAAAAGAUGAAGAUGAUCCUAAAGACGUGCCAGCAUCACAUCCAUAUCUGAGUUUGUGCACUGCUGUUUCUGCCAACAUUUCUCGAUACAUCAAUCAGUUCUGGUACAGAAAAAACACCGUUCCUGCAGCGUAGGUGAAGUCCUUUCGUCGAAAAACGCAGAUCGUGCCCAUCAUAAGAGUUGCGAUCUUCCCGCUG